AUGAACCUCAAAGCUGCAUUAGCCAUUUGUAUGGUGUUUGUGGGAUGUUGUUCCAAUGUUGUGUUUUUGGAAUUCGUCGUUAAGGAAGACCCAGGCGCGGGAAAUCUGGCAACAUUCCUGCAAUUCUUAUUUAUAGCUUGUAUUGGUUUCUGUACCGUUGGAAAAUUUGGUACAGCUAAACGAAAUAUACCAUUUAAGCAAUACUUGCUAUUGGUAGGAUUUUUCUGGACAAGCAGUGUUGCCAACAAUUACGCGUUCGAUUUUAACAUAUCUAUGCCACUACAUAUGAUAUUCCGAGCCGGUUCCCUCAUGGCAAAUAUGGCUAUGGGCGUCUGGAUUUUGAAGAAACGCUACCCAGUAUUAAAAUACUUAGCUAUAUUCAUGAUAUCCGCUGGUAUUGCCAUAUGUACAAUACAAUCGAGCGGGGAUGUAAAAGCACCCAGAGAAACGCAUGAAGAUGCUGCCGAGGAGGAGAAACUAAAAUUCAUAGAUUGGCUCUGGUGGUGUUUGGGAAUAGGAAUUUUGACCUUCGCUCUAUUCGUAUCAGCGAGAAUGGGUAUCUUCCAAGAAUCCCUGUAUUCUAAAUUCGGAAAACAUCCGUGGGAGGCGCUAUACUACACGCAUUUACUGCCUUUGGUAUUUUGGCUACCGACAGCUACUAAUUUGACAAACCAUGUAAGCAUAGCGUUAGAUACACCAGUUGUGGAUUUCCUUGGAUUUACUCUACCGCGCCAAGUCCUGUGGCUAAUUUUGUAUGUGUUAACACAAGGUCUGUGUAUCAGCGCCGUGUAUGUAUUGACUACGGAAUGUGCAUCCCUAGUUGUGACUUUGACGGUUACACUACGAAAGUUUGUAUCACUUAUAUUUUCUAUUCUGUAUUUCAAAAAUCCCUUCACAUUUGGUCAUUGGACCGGUACUUUAUUAGUCUUUAUUGGAACUAUGAUAUUCACAGAGUUAUUACAGAAAUCAAUCGCUUUGUUUAUACCUAAGGGGAAGAAGAAAGUGCAGUAA